AUGGACACACACAAAUUGAAUAUGUACAUACAUAUGUACAUAUUCCAACCUUUUUAAGCUCAUUAAAAUAGAUUUCUUAGCAAAUUGUUGAUAUGUACAUACAUAUUUCAUAAACCUACUUACCAUUAAAAUUCGACGUGUUUAGAUAAUAUUUCCAAUAUUUCCUGGAAUUGAGUACCUGGAAGGUGUUUGUAGUCCACAUGGAUGUUUAGGAAGGUAGUCCAUCAGAUUUUUAUGUUUAACCCUUCCACUCUAUUUUAGUGACUACAUAAUUAGAAAACUAUUUUCGACUCAUGAAUACGUUAAAAUGUUAACACGUGCAUACAAUAUAUCAAUCAAGAAGCAAUGAAUCCCUUCGUCCAGUUCACUUCUACUCCUUCCAUUGCAAGUACAUUGAUACAUACGUGCAAAAGUCCUCUAAAUUUCACUGGACAACUAAAAAUUAACCGUCUUACCAUGCAAAUUUUCAACAAAUACGGCCUCUUAAAUUUCUUAGGGUAUUGCAACUUGGUGCUAGGAUGUCGAAUUGUUGCAUCCGGCUUGGAGUCAACUUUUCAAUCUUUUAAAUACGCAAUGAGUAACAGCUCACCAGGAGAAUUAAAUCAUAUAUUCAAUAAAUAUAUAGCUACCUUAUUUGUACACUUUAUACUAUUAAUCGGUCUCUCAUUUUCGGGAUUCUUCGCCAUUUUCGCACCCCUCGUCAACGGUCGGGCUUGGGGAAUCAGAUUUGCCAAAGUUGCAAAAUUUUUCGCCGAUUUAGCCUUCUGGCUUGUUAUCUUGGCUGUAUUAAGCAACUUGCGUUUGAUAGAUUGGAAUGAGGUACUUUCUGGGAGAUGGGAAUUGGCUGAGGAGGCCCUUAGAGGUUGGGGAAGGAUUUAUGUGUCCCUGGGAACGUAUUUUUACUGUGCAGUCGGUCAAAUGUAUUUCGUUGAUAAGUGCGAUGAAUUCAUUAACCAGUUAAAAAAGAAGCAGGCUGAAGAAAAAAAGGGGUCGGAGAAAAAUAAUUGUUUACUCGAGAAUUGGAAAAAUGUAGAGUUAGAUUUUGUAUCGUGCAAGAAAUAGGUUAAAUACGUUUUAAUUUAUAAGUCGAUUAAACACUAAAUACUUGGAAAAUGAUGCGUAUUUUGUAAAAAAUGCGCAAUAUUUAUGUAGAUCAGUAAGAAAUUUCUGAAUGGUCUUGAAAUAAUAAGCACUAUGAGUUUUCGUUUUAAAUAUUUAACAAGGUUUAUCAUCGAAUCUUAUAAAGUUUGACAAAAUUGUUGAUGUUAAGUAGCUAAGUAAAUGCAUAUUUAUGUAUUUAAUAGUAAUAAAUAUGCUUAUGUAGGAUCUUGUCUGUACUGUAUUAAACUUAUGACUUUCACCUAAUAAAUUUACAUGUUAAAUCAAGCAGCGGGUCAUGAGUAUUCUGAUGGAUACUACAUAUUUCUAUGCACAUUGAAAGCACAAUUUUAUUUUUUUAUAAUUUGGCUAAAGUGCAAUAUAAUAUUCUAUUUAGGAACGUGUAGUACAGAGGGGUGGGACAGAAGAGGGAGCCACUUUGCCUAAAUUUAUUCCGGCCUUAUUAUUCGUUUGUGAAGUUUGGUAAUUGGUUCAGUGUGAAGCCCUUUAGUUUGUCCAACGAGCCUCAGUCGCUUUUUCCAACCAGUCAUGACCUUUGACACAAUUUUCAGAGUGAUUCUGCAUCACUCGUCCUGAACACUUUUCCAAAGUGCAUCAAAACGCACGCGUUUUCCUUUCAAGAAGGCUCUGUUUUAAGUACUCGAAUCCAAAAAAAA